AACUUGCGGGUGGAAAAUCCAAAUGAAAAGCGGCUGAGAGUAGGAAAAGUGGUCCCGUGCGAUGAACAAGUGAAUUGCGCGAGAGACGAGCUGACGGAAUCCGGAAUUCGGAAUCUCGGGUUCGAACAACGCACCGCAAUCGGUAAUUCGGGUGGAAAACUUAAAAUUCGGUACAUUUUCAAAUCGCACAGCCCGGAUUUUCGGCUGGUGAGCAGCUGUUGGCCGGAAUAGGCUGGCUGGCUGGACCGUGCAUUAGCAGCAUCCGCAGAAAUAUCGAAACUCCCCUCUGCCACGUGUGUUUUAGGCCGACACGGAUGCGGGUCGGUGGCAUCCAUCGCGGACGCCGAUGCGAAAAACGCAAACGGCUUACAUUUAUUAUGCAAACGGGACGACACCAAAGCAACAACAACGACUGAGCGGAGCGGUACAGAAAAGGAGAGCACGGAGAACAACAGACAAACGAUAAAAAAAAGUUCUUGAAACCACACAUCCUAACGAAAAAAAAAUACCUCCAGCAACGGUACAAAAGAGCGAAAGGAAAACGAAAGUGAGAAAUCAUAUCGGCGGCCGUUAAAAAACUGGAAAGCGCUCAUCCUCUCCUCUUCUAUCCACCAAACUCUUCUUUUCUAUUCUAUUCUCUCCUCUACACUCUACUCUCCUCUCGUGUUUUCCUUCUCCUUUUUUUUUGUUUUGUUGUACACAGACAACGAAAAAUUUGUCAUCGCAGCGGCGGAGCGGAGUAGAACAAAAGGAAGGAAUCUCGUGGUGUUUGCAGGGGGGAAAAGCAUCACACAAAGAGGAUAGAAAGAACGAAAUAAUAAAACACCGAGUGCGGGCGAGAAAGAGAAGGAACAACCCUGAGCCCCCAGCUCAAUGUCCUACCCCCGCUGGAGACGACACGACGACGCACUCACGCGCACGUGUCGGGGCGCAUAAGCUUCGCACUUGACUUGAACAUUAAACGCGUAGGGCUCUGCUCAGCUCCGCUGCCAGUCGCCCUCCCCUCACCGCCCCUCGAGCGUUAUGGAAAUUCUGGAGGCCUAUAUUGUCGUACUGCUCCUGUCGGCCCCGGCCCCGGCAACGGUCCUGCUGUCCUGCCGCGGUGUUGUACCGCCUCCUCCUCCUUGCCACCAGCAGGCUGUAAAAUGCUGAAAAAAUCUCCAGCCUUUCCACGCAAUUUUUGACAGCUGUCAACGUGCGCUCAGCCUCACUGUGUGAGUAGCGUGUGUGUGCGUGUGUGUGGAGGUGGGUGGUGUGUGUGCCGUGUGUGGCAUAGUUAUUUCCACUUGGGCGGCAAGGUCAACGCCACACGAAAAUUGAAAAGCAACGCCAGAGCCGCCAAAAAAACAAACCGAAAAGCAUGUCUAGGACUCGCAGGAACAGAAACAGGAGCAGGACAAGGAGCAACAGCAACAGCAACAGCAUCGCCAGCAGCAGGAGAAACCCACAUCCCACAUCCGUCGCCUCGAUUCCGUUGCAAAAAUGCUUGAGAAAUAUGUCGCCACAUACUAUGUGCGUGUGUGUGAGCAAGUGAAAUUAAAAUUCCCGCAUGCCUAAUGAAUUCUCCAUCCGAAAUAUGUGCCCCAAACGUUUGACGCACGUCCCCGCCGCAGCAGCCGCAGCCACCGAAGCCGCCUGUAUCUGUGCUCGUGUUGCGCGAGUGUCUCCGAAUCUGUGAAAGUGUACGUGUAUGUGUGUGUGUGUUUGUGUGUGUAAGCAAAAACAACAGUUAAAAAACAAUGGUUAACUAAACCAAGAGAAAGAGCAGAAGAUUAAGAAAGAAAGAGCUAAGAAAGGAAAGCACAAGUGAAAACUAAGGCAAAGAAACAGCUGGGAAAUACUUGUUAAUUGUAGGCGAAAAGGCACUGGCACUGGCACAGGCACAGGCAUGCCAAGAGACAUGCACAGGCAUGUCCUCAAAUGGGAAUCACUAUCGUUUCUGGGAUUUGAGUGGAAAGGGCCGAGAGAACGAGGCCGUGGCUGAGGCUGAGGCUGAGCCACAGCCAGAGCCAGAGCCAGAGAAGGCGGAGAGCGAGGCUUUGAGACGCAGCUAAAAGGAGCAUCCAGCAGCCAGAAAACAGAAGCAUCCUUUGAAGAGCGAAAGAGUGAGAAGAGGAGUGGCUAGUGGCAAGCAUCCGCAUCCUAAACAACAAUCUGGAGGGCAUGUCCACAGCGAAAAGGCUGGUGCUCUCGCUACGUGGACGCAAGAACUCGCAGGGCAAUUCGGCAACAUCAUCCACCCGUCUGGUAUCCGCUGGCACCUCGCCCGGCCAUGAGCUGGAGGAAAUAGCCGUAGUCUCUGGUACCGGCACCAGCAGCCACCACUUCUCCUAUGGCGGGUGUAUUGCCAGCAGCGAUGCCGCCGCCUCCACGCCGCGAUACUCCACAGCUGAUUCGGCGACGUCCAAGUCCAAGGCAAGGGCUACGCCCAGCCUGAGGCGCGACGCUGCCAUCGAUACCGAUGCCGAAGGGACAAAUGUGGCAGAUGACUAUGACAAUGACAAUGGCCUCCACAUCGAUGUCAAUAGGGAUGCUGAUGAUGAUGAACGAUGGCCCAAUGCCCGGCCCCAGGCUCCCCCUAGCACUAGCAUUCGCAGCCGCACUCAUGCACCCGCUGAUACGGCCAAUGACAGGCCGCAGACCAGAACAACAAUAGCAAUUCGUCAGAACAGCAACAUCUGCAGCAACACCAACAGAACUACAACUGCAACUGCAACUGCAACUGCAACAGCUACUUCUUAUAGAUUAGCGCCGAGAGCCAGCUGCCCGGAAAUCAUGCAGCCCCGUCUAUCCCUCAACGGGUUGCUGAACCCCUCGCUGAUGCCCUCGCCCCGACCGCUCUACCGGGACCACAGCUCGAGGUCCAUCAAUCCGCUGACCGCCUACGAGCAGCAGAUGGCCGAGCUUGAUGGAAGUUUCUAUGCCAGCAAUGCCGGCUAUCUGGGCGCCGGGAUGGGUGGCAGUGCUGGCGGUGCCACAACUUGCACGAAUCUGACGGUGGGCGGCGGCUCGAGUGGCGCGCCCGGUGGGGGUCUGUCACACGGUGGUGGUACCAUUGGUGGUGGUAGUGCCGCCAUACACACAACCGAACUCUCAAUUACGCCCACAAUGGCCGCCGAUGAGCAGUUCAUCGAUCUGGGGAGCCUGCGUCGCUUCUCGAUCGAUCGCCAGAGCUUUCUCGAUCUAGGACCAAAGUUUGGCAUGUCCCAGCCGAAAUUCGGCCAGAGCGUCUCGCAACAAGGUUUCUUCACGUCGCACGACAGCCUGGCCACACCAUGCGCCUCCCGAGCCUCCAACUCUCAAAUGGCCACCGUAAGCACUGCCUCCGAAAUGGAUCUACUGCACAACAAGCAACGCAACAAGUCGCGUGGCCGACUGAAAACAACAGCCAGCGGCGACCAGCCGCUCCUGGGGGGCACGGGCACCUGGAACCGGUCAAUGGGCCGCGGCUCACAGGAUAACACACUGGCCGGCGGUGGAGCCACCAGCAUACCCAUGGGAGGGCACACUCAAUACGGUGGCAACUACUGCAACGGCACAGAUCGCUACCCGCGUUCACGAUCACAGCACCAGCAGCCACACCAUAAUGCUGCCCCAGCCCCGCACCGCUAUCAGCUGCAGCAUUCGAUAUCCUCGGCGACGCACCAGCGACACUCACACGGAACGUCCUCACAGGGAGGCGAUGGCUCGGGGCACCACGGUGGCCAAUCCCAUCAAGCACACCAUGGAGGCGGCGGCUGUGGAGCCGGGUCACAAGGAGGACAACCACACCACAAGAAGCCGCAUCGCACCGCCUCGCAGCGAAUUAGAGCGGCCACGGCGGCCCGUAAGCUUCACUUUGUGUUCGAUCCGGCGGGGCGGCUGUGCUACUACUGGUCCAUGGUGGUGUCCAUGGCCUUUCUGUACAACUUCUGGGUGAUAAUCUACCGCUUCGCCUUCCAGGAGAUCAAUCGUCGCACGAUUGCGAUCUGGUUCUGUCUUGACUAUUUAUCGGACUUCCUCUAUCUGAUUGACAUCUUCUUUCACUUCCGCACCGGCUAUCUGGAAGACGGGGUGCUCCAGACAGAUGCCCUGAAGCUGCGGACCCACUACAUGAACUCGACGAUCUUCUACAUCGACUGCCUGUGCCUGUUGCCGCUGGACUUUCUCUAUCUGUCCAUCGGCUUCAACUCGAUUCUGCGCAGCUUCCGGCUGGUCAAGAUCUACCGCUUCUGGGCCUUCAUGGACCGCACCGAGCGGCACACGAACUACCCGAAUCUCUUCCGCUCGACGGCCCUCAUCCACUAUCUGCUUGUGAUAUUCCACUGGAACGGCUGUCUCUACCACAUCAUCCACAAGAACAACGGCUUCGGGUCCCGCAACUGGGUCUACCACGACUCCGAGUCGGCGGACGUAGUGAAGCAGUAUCUGCAGAGCUACUACUGGUGCACUCUGGCCCUCACAACCAUCGGAGACCUGCCCAAGCCGCGCUCCAAGGGCGAGUAUGUGUUUGUGAUAUUGCAAUUGCUAUUUGGCCUGAUGCUCUUCGCCACGGUCCUCGGCCAUGUGGCCAACAUUGUGACGUCUGUGAGUGCAGCACGCAAGGAGUUUCAAGCCAAGCUGGACGGCGUCAAGACGUACAUGCGGAUGCGACGUGUCCCGAAUCAUCUGCAGGUGAAGGUCAUCAAAUGGUUCGAUUACCUGUGGCUCACGCAAAAGUGCUCGGACGAGGAGCGCGCCGUGUCCUGUCUUCCUGAUAAAUUAAAGGCUGAAAUAGCAAUUAACGUCCAUUUAGAUACACUUAAGCGGGUUGAGAUUUUUCAAAACACCGAAGCUGGUUUCCUCUGCGAGUUGGUGUUGCGCCUGAGGCCAGUGCUCUUCUCGCCCGGCGACUACAUCUGCAGAAAGGGCGAGGUGGGCAAGGAGAUGUACAUUGUGAAUCGUGGACGAUUGCAGGUUGUGGCCGACAAUGGAAAGACGGUGAUGGCCUCACUGAAGGCUGGUUCCUAUUUUGGCGAGAUUAGUAUACUCAAUAUGGGCACAGCAGGUAAAGAACUUGGCAACCGACGCACAGCCAGCGUUCGUUCCGUGGGUUACAGCGACCUGUUCGUGCUGAGCAAGAAGGACAUGUGGGACGUGCUGAAGGAGUAUCCGGCGGCGCGUGUACGUCUGGAGUCGAUAGCCGUCAAGCGCUUGGAGAAAUACAAGAAGGCGCCACUAGAAAAAGUCAAAUACUUUAAUAUAGUUGCCAUGGGCCGGUGCCAGUCGACGCCGGGCUUGGUCGAGAGCUGUGGCCGCACCUCGCUCGAGGACAUGUGGCUGCCCCCAGCGCCAACUCCACCAGCCCCACUGGUGCAUCAUCCCCUGACACACCAGCAACAUCAUCAGCAGCACCAACCGCUACAUCAGCACCAGCCGCAGGCGACGCAGCAGUCCUCACAACAGCACGGGUACAGUCCGCGAAGCUAUGCGGACCGUCUGGUUCGGGCCACAGACUCGCCCAGAUCGGUCAGCCCCAGUGCCCAUGGCUCCGAGGAGCGUCCCCGCAGUCGGGCCGCCUCACAUCACUCGAUUCGACCCCAAUCGCAGCCCAGUCACACAGGUCACAUCUGCGACUCCAGCUCGCAACUAGAGUGCUAUGGAGCGGGCGUGGGUGCGGUUGGGGGGGGCACAACCCCUCUACUGGGCUCCCACGAGGCACUCGAGGACGAGAUCAAGCGGUUGAGAGAACGCCUGCAUACGGUGGAGUCGGAGAACCAGGCUCUGAACACGAAACUCUCGCAACAGCAGUGGGACCUCGAGAAUCGCCUGGCCGAGAUCGAGAUGCAGAUCUGUGGAGUGUCGUCCACAUCCAGCGUGGAUCCGGAGAACGAGACGGAGGAGCUGGAGCGGAAUCGAGAGAGUAUCAUAUAACACGGGAGCGUGCUGCCCCAUCAGCCGAUCGGUAUGGUGUACAUAUCAUGUUCCUCAUGACUCCAUGAUCAUCAUCGAUCAUCUGAAAAUCGAAAACAUCAAUAGAAACAGCAAUCUGGCGAAGAGCGAGCGGAGAAGAACGGCUGGACAAAAACAAAAAAAGACUUUGAGAUCGCCAUCACCUUCAUAAAGCAUCUCUCUCUCUUUCGUUCCCUCUCUAUCUAUCUGUUGCUUGUGUUUCCCCAUCACUCUCUGUGUUUUGUAUCUAUGUUUGUGUGCAUGCGGUUAAAACACCCCAUUGCCAAAUCGUUUGACUAACCAGAAAACCCCAAACCAUGACCAGGAGCAGCAGCAGCUAUACAGCAGCACCCGAAACCAGCAGUCGACCAGGAGGCCGUGACGCUAGAACAGUCGGAGCGGACUGAAGUUGGGACACAGACCUAUGAGAAAUGCAGCUCUUUAUAGGAUAGGUCGAAAGCAAGAGAGAUAGAGGGGGCGGAAUACAUCACCCAAGAUGUUCAAUUAAAAUCUUUUAUGAUGAAGCGACUCACAACACCAAAAAAAAAUAAUGGCAAUGCCUCAGAAAAUUGUUCAGCCGCCACCACCGCCGCUACAGAAACACACCCAACACCACUGGACUAUGCCGAGUGUACAUAUAUGAAUGGGAGUUACCACAAUAGAGAUCAAAAUAUCCCAGAACCUAGGCUAAGAUAUCCGAGUCCCCGAGAGAGAGCGGGAGAUCGUAAGUCGAUGAAUGUAUUGUAAUUAAGGAUAUCGGAAAA